CAUAAUUUUGGUUUUUGUUCAUUCCAAAAAGUUUUCUUUCCUCAUCUGAGUAUGGAUGGUUGGACGGCUGAGCGUGUGUUUAACUCCUCUGUUUUUGGUUAUACGUACGAUGAUAUUAUUGUUCUUCCAGGUCGCAUCACUUUUCCUGUGUCCAGCAUUAAUUUGCAGUCCAGGUUAUCACGCCACAUUGUCUUAUGUAGUCCAGUAGUAGCAAGUCCUAUGGACACUGUCACUGAACAUAGAACUGCCAUAUCAUGCGCUCUCAUGGGUGGUAUAGGCAUUAUUCAUAAUAAUAUGAGUAUACAAGACCAAGUUGCUCAAGUGCAAAAAGUGAAACGUUUUGAAAACGGUUUUAUUAUGGAUCCUCUUGUGUUAGGGCCCGAUAAUACAAUUUCGGAUCUUCUCGAUAUGUCCAAAAAAUAUGGUCAUAAAUCCGUUCCAAUCACGGACACUGGCUCAAUGGGUGGUAAACUUGUUGGAAUCGUUACCAAUCGAGAUAUCGAUUUUAUCACAAGUCGAAAUACUUUACUUUCUGAAGUGAUGACCCGAGAUCUUGUAACAAAAGAAGAACCUGUAACUCUUUUUGACGCCAACCAAAUUUUGAAGAAAAGUAAAAAAGGUCUUUUACCAAUCGUUGACAAAGAGAAUAAAUUAAUAGCGCUUAUUAGCCGUAAUGAUUUAAUUAAAAACAAAGAGUAUCCAUUAGCAUCGAAAAGUAGUACUAAACAAUUGUUAGUUGGAGCUUCCAUAUCGACAAGACCUAUUGAUGAAGAACGUGCGAAAGCGUUAAUUUCUGUUGGUGCUGAUGUCAUUGUCAUUGACUCAUCCCAAGGCAAUUCUAUUUAUCAAGAAGAUUUAAUUAAAAAGUUAAAAUCAACUUAUGGUUCCUCAGUUGAUAUUAUUGGGGGCAACGUUGUUACAGCACAACAAGCAUCCGUUCUUUUAAAAGCAGGUGCUGAUGGUUUGAGGAUUGGAAUGGGUUGUGGCUCAAUUUGUACGACUCAAGAAGUCUGCGCCGUCGGCCGUUCUCAAGGCUCCUCUGUUUAUCAUGUUUCACGCUAUGCUAAGGAACAUUUUGACGUCCCGUGUAUUGCAGAUGGAGGCAUCCAAAAUUCUGGUCAUAUUGUCAAAGCAUUAGCGCUAGGCGCGAGUACCGUCAUGCUAGGAUCUGUUUUAGCUGGAACUGAGGAAACACCGGGUCAAUAUUUUUUACAUAAUGGGAUUCGUGUAAAACCGUACCGGGGUAUGGGAUGUUUGGAAGCUAUGAAAGGUUCAUGGUAUAAUUCGGACUCAUGGAAUGAAGAAGGCACUUCGUAUCGUUAUUUCGCAGAUGAUGAAAAAAUCAAAAUUCCACAAGGCGUUUCAGGAGCUGUCGUUGAUAAAGGAAGUAUACGAACAUGGUUACCCCAUAUUUUACAAGGAGUUAAGCAUGGUAUGCAAGAUAUGGGAUGUCAAACAGUACAGGACCUACAUACAGCUUUAUAUUCUGAUACUUUGCGCUUUGAAAUUCGAUCGGGUGCAUCGCAGCGAGAAGGUGGUGUGCAUGAUCUUAUUACACUUUAAUUAUCUCCAAAAAAAAAACAAUUGUUUUCAUUUUUCAUUUGAACAAUUUUCAUAUUGUAUUUCGAAUAUCUUGUAUUUAAUAACGUGAAUGAAAUGUUUUUUUAAUAAAUAUAUUUUGUUUAAAAAUAUAUUUUCAUAUUUCAUAAAAUUACCGUCAAGUGUUUUUUAUUAAAAACAUUUUUUAAAACAAAGCUUUAUUUUUCU